GUCAAACUUGUUUUGGCCAAGGGCGAUCAGUGUUGUUGUUUACGUCCCAACGUGGUGCGAUAGAUUGGUUCAAACGAGAUGAUAUCUUGACCAAAAUGGCCAGCUCAAGUACGGUUCCGUUUGUUCCCAUCAAAACCAAGGCUUCGAUUGCGCUCAAGCACAAGGCAGAGGAGUCAUUCAAAGUGACGGUGUUCGAGCCAAAGAAAGCAGCACUGCAGAAAAAGCGGUCCCGGCCACCACCGCCGCCCAAGAAGGAUGACAGUGAGAAGAACAAGUCCGGGGACGACAACGACGACGAUGAGGAUGAUAUUGACGAUAUCUUUUCCGAUGCGCCGCGCAAAAAGCCGAAGCGAAAGGAAGACCCGACCGUGUUCGAUAUGACGAAAGCCCGGCGCGACAUCAUGAAUCUUGGCUUCAGUGGGUUUGACAAGGAAAGCAAACACCAGGCGAACGUUCGGCUGGCCAUCAAGCUGGGCGCCAAGCCGCCGAAAAACCAGUACCGAAACUAUCGGGAAAUUUUGGAGGAAAAGAAGGCGGCCAAAGAGCAGGAAGAAGAUACGGCGACGAAGAGAAGGCAAGGGCAGCUGGCUUACGGGGCAAUACAGUCAUACAACAAAAAUCAGCAGCGGAAGCGUGAGAAGCAACGAAACCCGAACGCGAUCAUGAAGCAUUAUGGCAUUGCAAAGCCUCGUAUAGGGAAAAAAUAAAUAAUUUAGUGGAAAACAUG